AUGACAAACAAGAUUCUAUCAAUUGCUGACCUCGAGGAGGCAGCAUCCAACUCACUACCCGUCUCGGUGAGAGAGUUCUUCAACUCCGGCGCAACAAACCAAGUCACCCUGCAUGACAACAGUGCGGCGUACAGAAAAUAUCGUCUCUUACCAAGAGUUCUGAGAGAUGUAUCUCGAGUCGAAACUGGGAUCUCCCUCUUUGGCCGGGAGAUCUUAUUCCCACUCUGUGCAUCCCCAGCCGGGCUGCAGGCCAUGGCCCACCCAGAGGGCGAGCUCGCCACAAGUCGAGCCUGUGCUCAAAUGGGCGUCAAUAUGGGAAUUUCUUCCUAUGCCAACCACUCCGUCGAGGAGAUUACCGACGCUGGGAACCAGGUGGCCCCUAUCAACUACGUGAUGCAGCUCUAUGCGAUGAAUGACAAGGCGAAGCAAGAGAGAAUUGUCCGUCGAGCUGAGGCGGCAGGCUGCAGAGCUAUAUUCUUGACCGCAGACAGCCCUGUUCUCGGGGUGCGCUGGAACGAAUGGCGCAAUGGGUUCAAGGCCCCCAUUGGCUUGGGGUAUCCGAUGUACGAAAGAUACUCGGAUGAAAUUCAAUCGGAGUCUCAUGAUGACGGGUUUGCGUCUGCUAACUCCGCUUCUCAUUCUUGGGCUACUGAGAUCCCGUGGCUGCGCAGCAUCACAAAAAUGGAAAUUUGGAUCAAGGGGGUGCUUACCCCGGAAGAUGUCGAAACUGCAAUUGAGUAUGGAUGUGACGGUGUGAUCAUUAGCAAUCAUGGUGGUCGACAACUGGACGAGACUCCAGCUACGAUCGAUGCUCUCCCAGCGUGUGCUAAGGCUGCGAGAGGUCGGAUUAGAAUUCAUGUUGACGGUGGGAUCCGGUCUGGAACAGACAUCUUUAAAGCACUCGCUCUUGGCGCAGAGUGCUGCUGGGUUGGUCGGCCCACGCUUUGGGGACUUGCGGUAAGUGAAGUCCACAGGAGUACCUACUUUGCAUGUUCGGGCGCUAACAGCUCUAGUGACAAUCCCAAUCAUGACUCGAAUUACUUGCAUUUCGAUGAGAAGAGACCAUUCGUGAAUGAAAGCGAAUACAAUGGUCCAGAAUACAAUGGGUUUGUUCCUAACCACCGUGCCUAUGACCAUAAGCCACAAAGGCCUCGCCCCUGUUUCGCACGCGUUCUGAGGAAAGGACUCUGCGUCUUUGCCAUCACGGGGUUUAUCUUCUAUCACCUCGGAUUGCCAUAUGGCUCAACCGCUGGAGACAACCCGCCCCCGCACGCUGAGGCUUCCCCGCUUUGCCAGUCGCAAGAGUGCAUUCAUGCUGCAUCGAACAUUUUAUACAACCUUGAUCCCAAUUACGAAGAUGUUGAUCCUUGCACGAACUUUGAUCAGUAUGUCUGUGGCGGAUGGCGUGAAACUCAUGACAUGCGACCCGACCAGGGCUCGAUAUUCGCAGGUACAAUUAUGGAAGAGAAUGCCCAGACUCGACUGCGUCAUAUUUUGGAGCGUACUGAGCCACCCGAGCCAUCUGACGCAGAUAACUUCAAAAAGCUCAAGUCUGCGUACGAUGCGUGUUUGGAUGAGGCCACGGUCACCAAGCGAGGUAGCAAGCCGUUGACUGACAUUUUGGACGAAUUGAAGAACAUCUACCCUGCAAAGACAGGCCUCGUGAAAGGAGCACAAGAUCAUUUGACUAACGCGCUUCUCUAUCUGAUGAAUGCGGGCGUUGAAGCUUUGACAUCAUCUGGUGUCACUCCCGAUGACAGAGAUCCAGACAACGUUGUAAUCAUGAUCUCGCCCCCUCGAGUCAUUGGACUGCCCGCCAGAGAGUACUAUAAUAACACAAAGACCGUGACGGCAUACACAAACACUUUGAAGGACGUCGUCCGUAGCCUUGCUGGCGAUGGAUUUGACAAAGUUGCAGAAGACGUUGUAGCGUUCGAAAAGAAGCUUGCUGAUGUCACCCCGGAUACUCAAACCCAGGAGGAUGUUACCAAAUACUACAACCCUCUCAGUAUCAAGGAGACCGAAGCUCUGGUACCGGAAAUCUCAUUUGCUGAUAUCAUCACGUCACUGGGACCCCAUGACUACAAGGGCGAUCGUCUGAUUGUUGGAUCCCCAUCCUAUAUGAAGGCAUUGUCCGGACUUUUGAAAGACACUCCCAGAGAAACUGUUUUGCUCUUCUUGCAGUGGAAGCUGGUCCAAAAGUUUGCGGGUGUCAUUGAAGAUGACUCGGUUGAGCCCCUCCGACGUUUCAAGAAUGAGCUUGCGGGCAAAGAGCCGCAGGCCAAAGAGGAGCGAUGGCGCCAGUGCCUUGGGCGUCUUGAUGAGGGACUCUCAUGGAGUCUAAGCCGAUUCUAUGUGCUAGAUUCAUUCUCCGAGGGCUCCAAGAAGCUCGGCGAUCAAAUUGUUUCGGAUAUCAAGGAGCGUUUCAUUUUCACUUUGGGCCAGACAAGUUGGAUGUCUCCUGAUGUGCGCAAAUUGGGCAUUGAGAAAGUCGAGAACAUCAUCCAGAAGAUCGGAUUCCCGACAAAAAGCCCUAACGUUCUGGACCCAGAGGAUGUGAAGAAGUACUAUCGUGACCUGGAAGUAUCGAAAGAUACAUUUUUCGAGAACGAAGUGGCCGUUGCAAGAUUCCUCCUUCGCGAGGAGUGGUCUAAGCUUGGAAAACCUACUAAUCGCGAUGAAUGGGGCAUGAGUGCACCGACCGUCAACGCCUACUACAACCCGCCAGGAAACGAAAUUGUCUUCCCCGCCGGUAUCAUGCAGCCCCCAGCGUUUUAUGGACCUGCUGCUCCAUUGUAUCUAGCAUAUGGCGCAUUCGGUGCUGUCAGUGGUCAUGAGCUUUCCCAUGCGUUCGACUCUACUGGUCGGCAUUACGAUCAAGUCGGAAACUACACCAACUGGUGGGAUGAUAAGACCGUGAAUGAAUUCGAAGAACGAGCUCAGUGCUUUGUCGACCAGUAUGGUAACUUUACCGUUGCUGGUCCCGAUGACAAGGUUCUGCAUGUGAACGGACGAUUGACAUUAGGCGAGAACAUCGCAGACGCUGGAGGUCUCACUGCUUCAUUCCACGCCUGGAAAAAGCACGACGAGGCCAAAGCCGACCUGCACCUUCCAGGUCUUGAGAAAUUCACCAAAGAACAGCUCUUCUUCAUCUCUUAUGGCAACUGGUGGUGCGGGAAGACAACCAAGGAGGCUGCUGAACAGGCGAUCUACAACGAUCCGCAUGCACCCAAGUCGGCACGCAUCAUUGAAACGAUGGCCAACUCCCGCGAGUUCAGAGAUGCUUUCAGUUGCCCGCAGAAGAAACCAACUUGUAAGCUCUGGUGA